AUGACGACAUUCUCGAAACGUCGAGCAGGAAUCUACAAAAAGCUCAACGAGUUGAUUUUCACGUGCAACGCCGAAGUAGGGUUUCUCGUAUUUUCCAAAGCCGAAACGCCAUUCACCUUUUCACACACUUCUAUGGAAUCUGUGUUCGAUAAAUCCAUGAAUCCGAUCCGUAGGAAAGAGAAAGAUAGCACCGAUUCUCUAGUCGAUGCGUAUAAAAGAGAGCGUAUAAAUCAUAUGAACGAAGAGUAUGAGAAGGUUCUUGAAGCUAUAGAGGAAGAAAAAGACCGAACACAAGUGCUUGAGAAAGUGUCGGAAGAAAGGGAAAUCAAGAAAUAUUGGUGGAAGGCUCCGGUCCAAGAAUUGGACGUAAAUGAGACACAACAGAUGCAUGAUGCGUUUGUCGAGUUGCAUGCAGGUUUGUGCGAUGAAAUUUUCGUACGUCUACUUCACGCCGGUGCAGCAAAUCCAAGUGGCUGA